UUCAGUUAGAGAAGAGGGGAGAAGGGAGCUCUUCACAGUGCUAAUGCAAUUGCUUGAUUUAAUAAUAGAAAUUUAAAUGCUACUUGGUAUUUAUUAUACACUAUGAAUGGAAAAAAAGGAAAGAUGCUCUUCAGUCUCCCAGGGAACCCACUUUCUUUCUCAUCAGCCAGACAGUCUGUGGAGUUUAAAAAUGUCAAAAGUAGUUUGCCAGUCUUUGAUGUCUUCCGGCUUCAGGUGGUUUGUAUGAGAUUGGUAACUACUACAACUUCCACUUUGCCAGACAUAUACAAAACACUUUUUGACUAGGGAACACGUGCACAUGACACUUCAGAACAAUUUCUUUUUACUAAAAUGGUACAGGUGCUGCUUUGAUUCUACAUUUUUGAAGAGUCACUCCAGAAAGGAUGGUGAUGCUGAAAAAGAAGAAUCACUUAAUUUAUUUGUAUUCGCUCCCUAUAUGAAUAAAUUUUUCGUCUGAAAAUAUAGGUUGCUGUGAACAUGACCAGUUUCACAGAAUUAAUGCUUCUGUUGCAGUUUAUCUCCUGUGAAGAUCAAAUACAUUAUUAAGUCAAAUCAGUUUUAGGUUCUAUUGUAGAGAUGGGGUCUUAAGGCUCCACAUUUGCAGGACUUGCCUGGGUCUUGCCUCCAAAUUUGCAGAACCCUUAAAGCCAGCAACUAACUCAAAAUCAGAAGUCACUAUUGAGGGGCUUCUCAAUAGUAGGCCACAAGUGUCAUGUAAUCUGCUGUCUUCUAUACAAAAUUUUUAUUGUUAAACUUCACCACUAUCAAAAUAAAAUGUUUAUUUUGUGACAGUGACAACCUCUUUGUCUUCUGAUCAAGUAGAAGACAUUCUGUGUCUUGCUAUUCUUUUAGCCCUCCUAGAGACUGACACAGAUUUUUUCUGGUAUCUCAAAAGACUCUGCGUAUCACUUCACUAAUAGACCAAACCUCAAAUUUUGAAAAGCUACCUGAACAUGAAUGCAAGAUUCACUUACACAUUGUGCUUGUAAUUAACAAGUUUGAUUAUCUAAUGACACAGGGAUACUAUGUACUCAUCUAGGUUAACCAGGAAACUGAGACAAGUAACCAAAAUUGUCCCUUAAGUACAAACCUUCCUCCCUAGUUUUUAAUACCUUUCUUUUCAUUGUGUACAGAAUCCCUAACUUCAAUAGUAUGAUAAUAUGUUGAUAGAGAAAUGUGAAUUGGGAAGUUGAUUAAGGCAAAAAGUUUAAAGAAACUACUUACUUUGGUCUCAAGGCAAAGGGAAAACCUUUAGUAAUCCAUAGCCAAAAUUUUAGAAGUCCAUAAUUAGCUACGCAUUAAAGGGCAGUUUUGUCACAAAGGUGAGCUGGAAUUAAGAAUCAAAGCAGCUGCACUCCUAAAAUAUCUUUAUGUAUAUUCAUUCUUGUCUGGAGAAACACAAAAGUGCCCUCCUCUCUUCUCCUUCAUGUUACAAGUUCAUCUUUCUUUUAGCCCAUUAUUUUUUUUUAUUUUAGCACAUAUGUGUGUAUAUGCAUAUAUACACAUAUGUAUAUCGUCUAUAUUACACUGUUUUAAUUUGCUAUAAACCAGGCUUCAAAGUCCCAACUCUCCUUUUGUGCUCUGUGUUCAGAAACCUCCCAUCGCUGCAAGUAAGGGUGCAAACCUGAGCUGGUGCAGCAACUCCCAUUGCUUUGGUUUCACCCGUUUUGAAACACAUCCUGUGCCCUCCUUCUCCUGUGUGCUUCAUGUCUGUUACCCACAGCACUCUCUUCUUUCUCCUUUGUAUCCCCUUUCCAGAGGAUUCAGCAAAACCUGCACUGACUUUUUCUUCCAGUUGCAUUUAUUUUUCCCUUCCCUAUCCUGUCUGCUAGAUUUUUAUUAGCUGCUAAAUAAAGCUGUGAGUUGUUCAGGGCCAGGUCUAUCUUUGCUUUCCAUGGACCUUCAGUGUGUUCUGAGGUCAGAGCCUGCUAUUCUGAUUUUGGCAUGUGCAGGAUGUAAGCUGAGAACAAGGAGUUCUUCAAGCUUGUGGAAAUUCUCUUUCCUUUUCCUAAUCUGGGUGCUUUUGAGAGUGUCAGCAAUGCUUGUUUGCUAAGGAACACUGCCAGCUCUUUCAGCCACCCUGGUGGGGCUGGCCUGGCUCCAAGCAGCCUGGAUGAGGUCAUGAGCUCUGGAGUGACUGGAUUCAGCGUCUUACCUCUAUGGAAACAGAGUCUCACAAUAGGAGAAGCAACAAACAGACAGCAGGAAGAAAAUACCUGGUGGUCCAUGGCUUAUGAGACAGGACCAGGAAUGGCUGACUUCACAGGUGAGCCAGAGACAGGCAAAGAAGUGGAAGAUCUGACAAAAAGCUUGGAGGAACUCUGAGACUCUAAGGAGCAGAGUGAGGAGGUGCUGCUGCUUUCACACCUAGAACACCAUCAUCAUCUUGUCUCUAUACUGAAGAAGAAAGUUGAUGACACACACAAACACUGCAGAGACCUGGAGCAGCUCAACAUAGAGCUGGAGAAACUGAGGGGAGAGGAUGCUGUGAAAAUUAAAACCCAGACCCAGUGUAUUCAGUAUUUGGAGGAUAUAUAUCUGGUCAAAAACCAUGAAAAUAUGAUCAAGUUCAAAAAUGAACACAAAAACCAGCACAUGCAGCUGUGGGAGGAGAGCAAGCGCCUGUGGCAGGACAGGGAAGCACUCUUCAGCCAGGCUCUGAGGAAAAGGAAGCUACUGGCAACCCAGGCCAGAAAGCUCUCACAGCAGUUCUGCUCCUUGCAGGAGAAAUAUGCUUAUGAGAGUCACAGGGCCCAGGAACGAGAGAAGGAGCUGCUGGAAGCUUAGAGCCAACAAGCAGAUGCCUGUGCCCAGGAGGUGGCUGCACUGAAGCAGCUGCCACUCCUACAGGAGAGGCCACAAGCUGUUGCAAGGGCCGGGCAGGCAGAGAGUCAGCAGAGGGCUCAGGGCAGUGAGCUGCAGGCCAAGCUGGAAGACAGAGAAGACGAAAAGACAGAGCAGCUACUGAACCUGGCCAUGGAAAAGAGCAAAGCUCUGCAAGAUAAGGAGCGGGAGAUUCAGAAGCUGGAGGAGAAGCUAGAGACCAGGAAGGAAGCCAUGAAUAGAGCAGGAAGGUGCAUCAAGAGAGAGGCAGCAGCAGUAGACAAAGAUCUGAAGGUUCAAGAGCUCCAAGGACAGCUAGAAUGCACCAACCAGGCGUACAAUGAACUCCUGCUGUGCUUCAAUGCUUAUAGAAAGCACAGUAUGGAUUUGCUGACUAAAGAGAGAAUUCUGAAUGCUGAACUCCAACACUUUGUUGCAUAACUGUGGUUUUUGAUCUGUGCUCCUCUCAACAGGUGCCUCUGUGGUAACAGACCCCUGAAUUUUGUUCCUCUCCAUGGGACCAUGCUCUGGUUUCUUUAUGCCAUCCUCACCAACUUAAGCCUUCCUCCACUGACAGUUCUGUAGCCUUUUUGUCAUUACGCCAUUAUGAAAGUAAGUCACUACACUCUUAAUUCUGAACAUGGAUCAUUGAACCAGUCAAACCUGGGACAUGAAUGAUUAGGGUGGAAAACAUAAAAUAUUAAUUUGAUUUAUUUAGUGCUAACCUCUGCUGAAUCAUAGGUUGGGGGUUUUUUGUUUUGUUUUGGUUGUUUUUUUUUUUUUUUUGUGAAAACCACUUUAUUAUUCACGAUGACCAAAAGCUCAAACUCUUAGCCUUCUGUAUUUGAUUCUGCUUUGAAGUUCAACAGAGGCUGGGCAUAUAAGAGGCUCUGAGGCUCCAAGAAACAAAUCCUACCUUGCAAUAUCUCUGAAAUUCUUUAAAUUCAGGAACUUAACAGGUAAUCCAAUAAUAUCAUACAACAACUGAUUCUCAAGCAAAUUACUGUUUAUAGUUUUCUAGUAGUCUUACAGUUUUCUGCAGUCAUUUAAACCCUAUAUAAUGCCAGAGUAGUAUUUAUAUCCCCAUACAGCUCAGAAUAAAUUUCAAGUCUUUUGGGUGA